AUGGCUCACCUGGUCACUCGUUCUCAACUCGCCCGAGUCACGCGUUUUCUUCUCCGCUCCACACCUUCACUCCACCGUGGUUCCCGAACCACCACCUUCGCCCAAUGCUCAACCGCAACCGCCGACUCCAGCCGCCGAGCUCAGGCGGAAUUCGAUCGCAGUCCGCCGAUGCUGCCGGUGGAGCUAUCCAGAAACGUGCUCUUCCUGUCGUGCGAGUCCUCCGCCGAGGGUGGCGUUUGCGACGUCUACGUCCUCGGCACCUGUCACGUCUCUGAGGCUGUUUUCUUAGAAUUGUGUUGGCGUCGUAGGGGAGCGCUUACACGUAAAACGCUUAAGGUACCCACUGAAAGAGAUAUCAUUGCAGCGUUGAAGAAUAAACAUAACAUAUUUGAAGUACUUCUUGGCUGGCUAUAUGCAAAGAUUGGUAGUGAGCUUGGUGUCAUUCCUGGCUCUGAGUUUCGAGUGGCAUACGAAGAAGCAAACAAGUAUGGUGGUAGAGUGGCACUUGGUGAUCGCCCUAUACAGAUUACAUUAAAGAGAACAUGGAGUAAGAUGCCACUACUGCAUAAGACAAAAUUGUUGUGCUAUUGUCUUUUCCCACCCUUUCUUAAGCUCAGCGGCAACUUUGAUGAUCUUAUUAAAAUCGGUAAAAUGUUGAAACACAGUGAUCGAGUUAAUAUCAAUGAAUUGCUGAAUGACAAUGAAUUGAUAAAUCAUUGUAUUCAAAUACUGAGUAAGGAGUUUCCAACUGCAAUAGAGACCAUUGUAGAUGAACGAGAUCAGUACAUGUCCUCCAGAUUAUUAAAAUUUGCAAGUCAGAGGAGAUCAGUUGUUGCUGUUGUUGGAAAGGGGCAUCUAGAAGGAAUAAGGAAGUACUGGAAGCAACCAGUGGCGGAGGAUCUCCUGACAGUUCCAUCUUCCAAACCAGGCCCUGCAACUAGAUUAUUGAAAAUGUUAAUCGAUUACCUAGUGCUAUUUUGGUUACUGUUAGAGAUAAAUAGGGAUAUUAUCCUAUGAGAUAUUUUCUUUAUUUAUUAUUUACUUUAUUUUGUAAUAUGCCUUAGAAUAUUCUUAACAUAUUCUGUCAUUUUAUUAUUAUAAAUAAUAUUGUCUACCUCACACACAAUUUGUGGUGAGAGUAUCUAAUCUUACAUGGUAUCAGGUACUUUAUUUUGUAAUAUGCCU